AUGCCAGCUAAAGGUAAAUACUUCUUCAAUGAAACUGAUGACUGCAGGAUGUCAGACCCACUCUAUGAGAAGUACCGCUAUACGAGCCAGCAGCAUCCGCUCCUGCUACUGCUGCUCUUCAUUGCAAUCAUCUUCUGGACUACUCUUAUUAUAGUCUUUUUUACCACUGAGGAAGCACAUUAUCAUCUUGCCUUCAUCAUUGCAGUAUGUGCUGCUCUUGUCAUGUUUGCAGUCAUGUACUUACUUUUGUGUAUCGAAUCCCUGUUUCGGAGGUGGCUGAUGCUAUUUGGAGUUAUGAUUUGGAUUUGCUUCUUAAUCGUAGGAUAUGUGUCGCUUUUUGAAAGAGAGAAUGAUUAUCAACUGUGGGAACAGGUGCCACUCUUUCUAUUCAUAAUCUUCACAGUUUAUACCAUGCUACCCUUUGGGAUGCGAGGUGCUGUCAUAAUUAGCGUUCUUUCUGCUCUCUCCCAUAUUAUUGUUCUAAGCAUUAUGGUAAGCAUGACUUCCCAGGAAAAUAAGGAAUCCAUUCUAUUUCAGCUAUUUGCCAAUGCCAUCAUUUUCCUUUGUGGUAACUUGAUGGGUGCAUUUCACAAACGCCAAAUGCAGGUUGCUUCGUGGGAUUUGUACAGAUAUACCUUAAAGUGCAUUCAGGUCCGAAUGAAAUUGAAGAUUGAAAAGAGGCAACAAGAAAAUUUGCUUUUAUCCAUACUGCCGGCUCAUAUCUCUAUGGAAAUGAAGCUAGCAAUCAUAGAGCGACUAAAGGAAACUAAUGAUAAUAGGCAAAUGCAUGACAAUAACUUCCAUAGUCUAUAUGUAAAAAGGCACCAAAAUGUUAGCAUUCUUUAUGCAGACAUUGUAGGAUUUACUCGCCUUGCCAGUGACUGCUCUCCUAAGGAACUAGUAGUGAUGCUGAAUGAACUUUUUGGAAAAUUUGAUCAGAUUGCAAAGGAGAAUGAGUGCAUGAGAAUAAAAAUCCUGGGAGACUGUUACUACUGUGUCUCCGGACUACCUGUGUCCUUACCGGUUCAUGCCAGGAAUUGUGUUAAAAUGGGACUUGACAUGUGUGAAGCAAUAAAGCAGGUGAGAGAAGCCACGGGAGUGGAUAUCAACAUGAGGGUUGGCAUUCAUUCUGGGAAUGUGCUGUGUGGUGUCAUUGGCCUCCGGAAGUGGCAGUACGAUGUCUGGUCUCACGAUGUGUCCUUAGCAAACCGUAUGGAAUCCUCUGGCGUACCUGGCCGUGUACACAUCACUGAAGCAACACUGAAUCACCUAGGCAAAGCAUACGAAGUAGAAGAAGGGAAUGGACACCUGAGGGAUCCUUACCUUGAAUCCAUGAAUAUCAAAACCUACUUAGUUGUUGAUCCAAGGUCCAAACAAUGCAUAUCAAAUAAUAAUCUCCCUAAAACGAGAGUUAAUGAUGGGCUGAAGAUGCGAGCAUCUGUUCGGAUGACACGUUAUUUAGAGUCAUGGGGAGCAGCCAGGCCCUUCGCCCACUUGAACCACAGAGAGAGCGUGAGCAGUGACUCUUCAAGUUCACAAGGAAAGCGAAGAAAGGAAAUACCUUUGUGUUCCACUGGGCGCCAGAGAAACUCUGAUAGAAAUUCAUCUCAGAAGGGGAGGAUAGAGGAAGAUAUUUAUGAUGAAAUGAUGUCAACCAUUGAGGGCCUCAGUUCAACUAAUCCGUGGUGCGGCAGAUCGGAUGACUUCUGUGGGUUUUCACUGAUUUUUGCAGAACCCAGUCUUGAAAAAGAGUAUCGCACCAUUCCUAUUCUAAAACUGAAGAGUUACUUCGCAUGUGCCAGUUUUGUGUUCCUCUGUAUAUUUCUGAUACAGAUGUUCAUAAUGCCAAAAACUGCAAAACUGGGAAUUUCCUUUGGCAUUGUGGCAGUCAUCAUUGUACUCAUUUUGUUUGUAUGCUUUGCUGAGAAAUGUAUGAAGCGCUGCUCAGAACGUUGGCCUUUCCUGCGCCACCUUUGUGCUAUCUCAGAAAAGGUGGAAACAAUGCCUUUACUCAGGCUUCCCUUAGCAGUCAUCACUAUUGGUGCCUUGCUGAUUAUAGCCAUUUUUAAUUUCUAUUACACUUACUGCUGCAUACUGGCGUUCAUCGCUUGCUCAGUAUUUCUUCAAAUGAGCUUCGAACUCAAAGUUCUCCUCCUGUCCAUUGCUGUGACUGUGUACCUCAUCAUUUUCAAUACCCUUCAGCACAGAAAUUUGAGCUUUUAUGGCAACAGUACCAGGCUUUUCAUCAAAGAGCCAAGGAUAAUGACUAAUUUAUAUCUGGUUCUGUUUUACAUAACACUGAUUUUACUUGCAAAACAGAUUGACUAUUACUGUCGACUGGAUUGUCUGUGGAAGAGUAAGUUUAAAAAAGAACAUGAACAGUUUGAAACAAUGGAGAAUGUUAACAGGCUUUUGCUGGAAAAUGUGCUUCCGGCACAUGUUGCUGCAUAUUUCAUUGGUGAAAAAAGAAAUGAGGACUGGUACCAUCAAUCUUAUGACUGUGUCUGUGUCAUGUUUGCAUCAGUACCAGAUUUUAAGGUGUUUUAUACUGAAUGUGAUGUCAAUAAAGAAGGCCUGGAAUGCUUGCGGCUGUUAAAUGAAAUCAUUGCUGAUUUUGAUGAGCUCUUGUUAAAACCCAAGUUCAGUGGUGUUGAAAAAAUAAAAACCAUUGGAAGCACUUACAUGGCAGCAGCUGGCCUCAGUGUUACACCUGGCCAAGAGAACAACCAGGAUAAGGAGAGACAGCAUGCUCACAUUGGGAUUAUGGUGGAAUAUGGGAUUGCCUUGAUGAGUAAACUGGAUGGCAUCAACCGACAUUCCUUUAACAAUUUCCGCCUUCGUAUUGGGAUAAAUCAUGGCCCUGUGAUUGCUGGUGUGAUCGGUGCCCGGAAACCUCAGUAUGACAUCUGGGGGAACACUGUCAAUGUUGCCAGCCGCAUGGAGAGUACGGGGGAGCUUGGGAAAAUUCAGGUCACAGAAGAAACAAGUAAAAUACUACAGGAGUUGGGAUAUUCAUGUGAAUGUCGGGGACUUAUUAAUGUCAAAGGCAAGGGAGAACUGAGGACUUACUUUGUUUGCACUGAGACGGCCAAAUUCCAAGGUAUGGGACUGAACUGA